GAAAUAAUGAUUAUCUCCUCCACACAAACUAUAGGUGUAUUCGUUCUUAGCAGCACGGAUGGAUAACUAAACUAGAAAGCAGAUGGUCCAAUUUCCACAACCAACUAUUUAUUAAACCUUCAUUUCUUAAACAUAAAUUGUGAAAAAAUUAAAUUACUGACAGCAAUUACUUAGAUAUACAAGAUUUCUGCCAUAUAAUGCAAGAAGCUUCCGACGACCCAGAUUUUUCAGAGAUAUGCUUCGUCGGUGGAGACUUGACCGAAUUCAAUGUUCGACGAUUUGGACCGGAUGUGAGACGAGUUGAUGUGUCAUUUAACACAAUUACAAGACUUGGAGGAUUUGAGUGCUGUGCCGAUAAUUUGGAGGAACUUAUUCUAGACAACAAUCAGCUUGACGGUUUGGAACUCAUUUGCGUUUUUCCGAAAUUGCAUACACUAAGCCUCAACAAAAAUAAGAUUUCCAACUUGAAGAAAUUACUCCACUACUUAAAAACGAGCACUCCAUCGCUUCGGUAUUUGAGCUUAUUAGGAAACCCCACCUGUCCCGAUCAACUAACGGACGAUUUUGUGGAUGACUCGGACUACCAAAUUUAUCGCUAUCAUGUCCUCUAUCACCUAAGAACACUGAAAUUUUUAGACCAUCGCCCCGUCUCCUUUGUGGAAAUGAUGGAAGCCCUCAAACCACUUUAUGGUAAUUUACAGCUCUAUCACCCUAAAAGUACACCACUUCCUGAUUCCGGAUCGGACCUCCUUAAUAAAACGUCAAAAAAUAAAGCAGGUGGUCCACAACCACCACAAGGUCAAGGACACGCGAGAAGUCGACAGGGGAAAAGAAAAUUUAAAUAUUUGGGAAAAAAUUCAGAAGGAAAUCGGUUCAUACGUGAUAAUGAUUUGUAGAGUGAAAGAGAGACGUGGUUUUUGAACAUUUCAAUCAAGUUUUAUAACUCUAAAAAUCUUUUCGAUCUUUACUUAAAUAUUUAUUCGAUGCUUAUCACGUACAUAAAUACGUAUGUAUGCAAGUGAAAGUUGAGCAGUGAAAGCUCGUUUUUAAUUUAAUUUUUUUACACAAAUCGAAUCGACUAUACAUAAAUGAAAUGUUACCAGUGCAGUGCAUGUACAUAUCUGUGAUUUAAAAAAAUUCAUGCCAUCAUUCCUAAAAUAAAUGAUAACUUCUUAUGUGAUAUGAUA